GGGAAGGCGGCGCGUGCCGUUGUGGCGGUUGGCGUUUCGAACGUUGCCCAGGCGGUUGCUGUCGGCGGCCAUGGCUGACGAAGACCCUCAGGCCCUGGUACUCCCUUUCCCAUCCCAAAGGGAGAGAACUCGCCUCACGGCUUGGCUGCGGCUGGUGCCAGGCCCCGUUAUUAAUUCGUGGGAGGUUUAAAAUCCUGCCUUUCCUGUAGACGGCUCGCCAAAUGGCUCUCACGCGGACUUUCGCCCGCCCCGACCCCUCCUUUGCUGUGCCUUGCCUACCUCACAGGGUUGUUGUGAAGAGAAAGCGGAGAGGGGGCACUGCGUACACCACGCGCUGCCCUGUAUCCAUUGUGCUGAGCCUCCCCACCUGAGCGGGGCGAGAUUCCAGCGGUCCAAGGCGAAUGCCCAGGGUCUGGGUUCCUUGGCCUGUGGGGCAGCGGAGAUUGCGGUGUCUUUAUGAUACACCGUUUAUUGGCACACAUGUACAUCCUGAUCCUGCGACAGAAAGGUCUUGCUCCUCCCAUAGCCACCACCUUGGAUUCAAGCAGAAACCAACCAUGAGACCCCCGAGUAUAGGGCGGUGUGUUCAAUUAGUAACAAUAAUUAACCAGAAGCUGCAGUUAGUGCAGAAUGUUGCACUGCGAUUGCUGAAAGGAGUGAGACCUUGCCAGUAUAUAACAUUUGUGCUCGGAGAUCUGCAUUGGCUGUCAAUUUUCUACAGGGUCAGGACUAUUAAUAUAUAAUGCCCAUAAUAACUUGAAACCUGUGAGAUCACCUUAUAUUUGCCUUCUCAACCACUACAGUCUGGGGAACUAGCACUGUUACAGGUGCCACAUAAUACCCAUUCCACAUCUGUAAUAAAUCAUCAUUUAAUGUGGCUGUACCUACACGUUGGAACUCCCUGCCUAUUGAUACUGGGCAGGUGCCUUCACUGUACACUUUAGCACAUACUAAACAUAUUUGUUUGGGCAAGCCUGUCCAGUUACCUAGAAUGCUGGUGUGUUUUUAGUUUAUUGCUGGUUUUAAUUUUUUGAAAGCUUUAAUUGUUUACUAAUAAUGUUAUUGUUUUAUUCUUUUUCUAAACUGCUUUGAGGAAUUUUACAAAACUGGUAUAUAAUUUUUAUGAAAUGCAUAAUAAGCAAGCAAGCAAUGAUUUUCUCUUUCUCUCCCCCUCAAGGCUAAAAUUCUAUACUAUGCUCAAGAAAAAUACUUCAACUAUGUUGUUCAAGUGACAAACAUUGAACUGGCAAAACAUGCUAAUGAUCCAGUGCUGUUGUUUUUCAAGGGUUUUGGAACAUUGCUUCUUGGUAAAUACUUUAAAUCAAUAAACUUUGAAAGUGCAUCUUUCUAGAAACAAAAUACAAUGUAAAAGCCUAAUUGAGCUAAAUGAGGGGUUUUUUUUAAUGCAUCUGAGUUCUGCAUACCGAGGUAACUUGAGAACUGGAAAGUUUUAAAAAAGAUGAAACCUGAGCAUAUCAAAGGCUAGGAAACACUAAGUUUCACAUUAGGAACUCACCCCAGACUGAGGUAUGGAAGUGAAAACAAAGCGCACCAUGCUUGCAUAUAUCUCUGGUAUUGUUUUACCAUUCUCAUAACCCACCAUAAAAAUCUGGCACUCCCAUGAGUCAAUUGUAUUACAUCCUUGCAGGCCGAAUUCAAGAAGGCAUUGUACUACUAGAGAAUGCCCGGAAGCGCCAUGUAGAUGUUUCCUUAUGUUGCCUCCUGGGUCUCAUUUAUGCGCACAAAAGAUGUGAAAAUGUUGGUAAGUUCUGUGCUAUUAAAUACAUUUUGUGCCAUUCAUCACAAGUUGUCAGAAAUGAGAGAUUCGGUGUUUCCAAUAACAGUAUUAAAAUCAAUCAAACAAAAAUUGAGGGCAGGGGUAAUGUAAAAAAAUAAAUCAAAAAGAGGGUAUGAUCCUGCCAUCUUGAGUAUGGAAGGUUGGCAGAAGACACAAGUCCAGGAAAGAAAUGUAAAACUUCAGUGCACAGUUUUGCUAGUUACACUUAAAAUUAACUACACUUUGGGAAUAACAACCAAGACCUAGAGUUUUAGAAGUUCCGUCAGUUUCAAAUGCAAUUUGACUUAAACAGUUUUCACAUUUAGAACAUAAGAUGAAAAAAGACUUGCAAUUCUCUAAGUAUUUCAUACCUUGCACACUUCAUGAUGUAACUUUCCUCCCCAAAUUGUUUUCCUUGAAUCAGCCCUAGGAGCUUAUUUGUUGGCAUAUCUUGUGUGAUACGUGAAAACCAGACAAGUGGAUAACAAGGGUAGCAUAUACCACUACCCGUCCUGUUUACUUUCAGAUACUUCUGCUCUUUUGGACUUGGAAACCAAAUUAAAGGAAGCGCGGAAGACGGCCGGAAGUAAUGCAUUGUAUUAUGCUGGAAUGUUUCUGUGGCUCCUGAAUAAAAAUGAUAAAGCAAAGGAGUAUGUUGACAGAAUGCUGAAAGUGUCUAAUGGAGCAAGAGAGGUAAAGUGAUCAGGCUAUUCACUGAACAUUGAAAUGUGCCAGACCUAUUCAAUACUUCAUAGAAUGUAAGCCAGAAAAGCAUAGUUAUAACCUUCUUGCAAGUGUCAUCCUUGUUCAAAGACAGCCUUCCUCAUGCAUUGCCCUUCUGGAUCAGAAGGACUCAAGCACACAAAAAGGAGCUGGGAGCAGGGAGAUAUCUGCAUCCAGCACUCAAGGUUGUAUGCAUAGUCACCCUGGAAUGUGUACCGACUACCAAACAGAUGGUAAACAUUGUCAGUUCUGACAGCACCAAACUGUCAGCACUUCUGUUUCAGGAAGGCCAGAGAGUGACUCUAGACAUCUCCUUCACCCUUCCCACUGUGACAGAUGUUCAGUGCUGGCAAAGCUGACAGUGCCAACCAUCUGUUCAGUUGAGGAAGUCAGCUGAAAUAUAUGUGAUCAGCCUUCUGAACUGGGGCCAGUGUACUACCUAAUCUUCACUGUGUUUCUCAUUGCUUAUUAUGAAAUCAGACCUGUUCUUUCACAUCAAAGUGAAUCAGUCGAUAAACUGCAGUAUCUUAUAAACGUAUACAGUACACAGCAGUAAUUCCCAAUGAGUUAAAUGCAAGCUCCCUGGUAAGUGUGCAGAGGAGGAUAACAACUUGGUACUUCCAUGUUUUAAUACCAGGUCCUUCAUUCUUAAAAAAUCUUAACUAUCAUCACCCUAGCUUCACUAGACAGCUCAUGAUUGAACUGAAAGUGAUGAAGCCAAAUCUCACAAAGUGGAUUUCUCCACUUUGGUACAAACGCAAAUUAAAUUAAAAUUGGUUUUGUUUGUUAAAUGAAAGCACCCCUUUUUCUACUUAGCUUUGAAAGGGGUUGGGAAAUUUCAUGGAGUUAUCAACCUUUUAUCAAUGGUUAUCACCCGGCUGUAAAAGCUAAAUUAAACAUUAAAGUUCAUAAAGACUGGGAACAUACAGGUGGUGAAUGCAGUUGCUUAUGGACUUCCCAGAGUUUUUGACUAGCCCAGAAUGCUACUUCAGAGGAGCCCUUGAUCUGAUCCAACGGGGCACUUUGUGAUGUGAAUUGUCUUGGCGGAAGGAUGGUAUUUGUUCUUAGUUAUAUUUUAUCAGAAAACACCAGUGUCCUAAGGUUUCUUAUAUAUUUGGUUUCUAAUUGCGUUUAACUUUUGUAUCUGAAAAAAGUAAUUGUAUGUGAACUAUUAAAUUGACAUUCUAUUGACAUACUAAUGCUGUAAUUGAAGAGUUUCAUUACUUUGCUGAGGAGGUGUUUGUUUUUUUCCACCUCUGCAGGGACUAGUUUUGAAAGGAUGGAUAUAUGUUACUAGUGACAAAGCUCAUGCUGCAAAGAAGGCUAUAAAAUAUUUGGAUGAAGGGAUUCAAGACAAUACAGAAAUAUUUGGGAUGAUGGGAAAGGUAGAUAAUUUACUUUUAGCUUUGCUAUCAUUCUCUCUCUCUCCUAUAGUGGUUAGAACUAUAUCCCUGGAGGCUGAAACCUUGGGGUACUGCAAAUCCAACUCCAAAAUCCUUUAACUUGAUCCUAUGCAGAGCUAGCUGCACUGAAGCCCAUUGAAAUCAGUGGUAAUAUCUGUCACUAACUCUAUGUCAGAUUGCCUGGAUAUAUCCUACAAAGCCAAAUUUAGGAGGUUUGGUCUGAGUAGAACAGAGAUGACCAAAUGUCAUUUGAUUAUAUAUUUGCUUGUUUAUUUAAAAGACUUUAGAUCACUCUUUAAGCAAAGUUGCCUCUUAAAAUGGUUUAGAACCAUGUACAAACUCAUAAACUCUCACAGUUAAAGCAGUUAAAACAUAUCAAAUUUUAACCAAGGAACAUACAAGCCAACAUACCAACAAAAUAACCUUUUAGUUCUAAAAAUAUCAUUUGAUGAGGCCAUGAUGAAAAAAUGGGCUGCCAUUAUUUUUAUUAAUACCCUGCCCAGAGGAGCCCAGGAUGGCAAAUAAGAGAUAAAACAAAAACAUUUUAAAAACCUCUUUUAAAAAGUUCCAAUAUUCUUUAAAAGGAUAAAAUGUGAUUGACUGAAAUUCCACUUCUUAUUUGCCGCAGUGGUGACAGCAUGUAUACUCCAUACUUGUUUUUUAAAAAAUGAAACUUCUGCCAUAGGCAUCUCUCACUGGCCUUCUGACUACAAAACUGUAUUGGAUUGAUUUUGCUGGCAAAAUCCAGGAUAGGUGAAUGUGAUGUGACUCCCUUAUGAACUGGCCACAGAAAGUGGUAUAUAUCUUGUGUUGACUGCGGUGGCAUACAUCCACUCAAGUGUCUCUUUCAAAUCAUAUGUAUUUUUUCUCUCCUUGCCCCCCUUCCCACUUUCUGUAGGCAAAAUAUUUCAUGGUGCAACAGAAUUACUCUGGAGCUCUGGAAAUAAUUAGCCAGUUAGUAGUCACUUACCCUUUAUUUACACCAGCCAUUGUCAUCAAGAUGAGACUACAUUUAGCAUCACAGGACUGGGAGCAAACUGCAGAAGAAAGUAAACGGUAGGAGAUGAUUUUCAGCAACGGAAGAAAUUGAGAUGUGCCAUUUCGCUUGUAAACAGGUUGGCCAACCUUUGUAUAGGAAGCUGCCUCUCGCUAUGAGUCCUGUAUUCCUGACUAGCAUGGUGACUUUGGAAUCUCAGGCACAUACUUCGUUGUGACCCUGCAGGCUGGGUAUGAAUCUUGAGGCAUCUGCCCUUUUGAGGGAUAGUGGGUGGCUUGGUUUUCCCUUAGACUCCACCAGGGGCUUAUCUGCUGGCACUCAGGCUGGAACCCACUCUGAGGGCCCUUCUGGAGAAUCCUCUGGAAGCAGCUUCACCAGGGAGUCUCAGGAUCUUCAUGGCUGGCAGCAGGAGACAUAUCUGCUUCUCCAAGUCUUUGGCUAAUGGGAGAGAUGGCAGUGGUCAGGGAUGAUGAGAGCUGUCAGUUAAAGCAUCUGGAGGGCAGCAGUUUGGGAAGACAGGAGUCUUUCCUAGUCCUAGAGAUGUCAGAGAUUGAACCUGGAAUGUUUUACAUGCAACGCUUGUGCUCCUCCAUUGACCUUUGGUUCUUUCCCUAUAAAGUGGUUAUUUAAAAUAUAAUCCUAAUUCUUAUGGAUGUUCAACAUAAUGGCCAGUAGGUGUCCCCAGUACCUGCACAAUUACAGACUGUGCUGGCUACUGUGUUCUGUGCUUCAGCUAACAUUGCCUUCCUGGUGCUCCUAAGUCUUCUAACUCUUUCCACUUUCAGCAGAUGUUGAUAAGUCACAAAAUCCAUUUUUGCCCUAAAACAAUCUUUCCCACUAUCCAAUUUGUCUUUUAAAAUUAUGAGAUAAAUCCUGUCUUUCUAAACCUUAAACUUGUUUUCUCCUUUAUCUGAGUGUGACUCUGUAGCAAUAAGUAUGUAGCUUUUAAUUAAUCAUAGAUUUUCUUUUGUUCAAUAAUAGGCAUAAUUGAAAUUAAAAUAGCAUAAAUAAGUCAUUUAUGCUAUAAUUUACUUUUCUCUCUUAAUGCUUUUGAACAAAUUCUUGUUUAAGAAUCCUAAGCAAGGAUCCAAAUGAUAUAGAUGGACUCCAGUACAUGGUUGUAAAUCAUCUUGCUAUUACUGGGAAUAAAGUUUUGGUGAGUGUUAUAUAUUUUUUGACAUUUGGAAUAUAAAAUUGGUGUCCUAGAAUUUUUAAACAAAUGUAGUCUUCAUAGUGCUCUUUGCCCACAAUGAUUUGAUGGGUAGCUUAUCAUUAGUAAUGUUGCCUUUGUGUACUCUUUAUAUUAAGCAUAUCUAUACUUGAGGAUAUGUUUUGCUUCAUAGAUACUAAUAUGUAGCGUAAUGUGAAGAAUUGGACUCAAAAUCCCAGAUUUUGUUUUUUAAAUCAAGUGCCUAACUCUUAUGUUUAAAAUGUGUACAUAGUUUGUUCACAUUUGGCUAACUCACUACUUGUUAUGCCAUUCAGUGUAUUAGAUAUAAAAUAAGUGGCAGUGUCUCUGAUUUUAAAAUAUUAAACUUUUUAAUGCAGGCACUGCAAAUGCUUAGAGAAUUUAUUGUUGCUUUGGAGUUGAAGGAGCCCCAAAGAUCCGAACUUCACCUUCAAAAAAUCCUUGUAAUCAGCAGACUGGUAAGGGCAUGUUUACCAUUACUAUGACCUAUCUUGCUUAGUAAUAAUUUGUUUUCUUUCCUAUCUUUCGUGCCUUCCCCAUUUGAAAUAUUGUGGGUGCCCCCCCCCCAAGAAAGUCUCACAAAUGUGUGGGGAAAUCUAAUUUACUAGCUAGCUGUAUAAAUUGAUAAUGCUUAGGGUUUUUUUCACAUAAUGAACAAAUGUAAUUAUGCAUUUUCAAUACUUCCAUCCCACCACAUGGCAUUUUUGAUCAUAUAUGUGCUUCAUGAGCAUGACAUUAAUUUUUUGCCCUUUAAAUUAUGUUCUGUUUAGUGCGGGAAGAAUCAAAAUAUCCUCCGGGAAGUGUAUGAGUUUGUUAAAGACUCAGGUAGCAACCUAAUAUCUAGUAAUGCACAUUAUGCGAAUGAGUUAGGAUAUCUGCUAAUCCUUCAAGGGUGUUGGAAGGAAGCAUCUGAAUGGUAUGCAAAAGCCUCUGAGUUGAAUGAAAACACUGCAGAUUCAAUGACAGGUAGGCUGUUAAGGAUUUUUUCUUUUUAGUUUAAUUUAGUAUUUGUCUUUCUUCAACCUAAUAAAAUAUAAACCUUUGGACCAUGUGCCAACCUCAAGUCACUUUUAGGUCUGGUGCAUGGAGUUACCUGGACUCUGGAGAAGUGGAUACACAUCUGUCACCUACUAUACAGUGGUACCUCGAGUUACAUAUGCUUCAGGUUACAUACGCUUCAGGUUACAGACUCUGUUAACCCAGAAAUAGUGCUUCAGGUUAAGCACUUUGCUUCAGGAUAAGAACAGAAAUCGGGCUCCGGUGGCGCGGCGGCAGCAGGAGGCCCCAUUAGCUAAAGUGGUGCUUCAGGUUAAGAACAGUUUCAAGUUAAGUACAAACCUCCGGAACGAAUUAAGUACUUAACCUGAGGUACCACUGUAUACAAUAGUGACAUCUGAUGGGAUGCUCAGUGUGUGGGGCCAUAUGUGUGUUGGCCUGAUCAUUCUUCCCCUCAAAAAAAGGGGGCAUAUGAACCAAUUUGUCCCCUUAUUCAUACAGUCUUACAUGAAGAUUUUUCACAUCAGAUGCUAUACUAUGUGCAUGCUGAAAGCAGAGGAGGUUAUGCAUUGGCUCACCCACUGUGCAAAGAAGAUCCACUACCCAGAAAGAUUUAUGUUCUUAGACAUAGACCAUCUUGUUAGGACCAUAGCAGUCUCUCUUGAGAAUUUUCUCACUUUAUAGUUUUGAUGGAGAAAGGCUGGAAUGAGUCUCUAGCAUUUAAUGAAGAGCUCAGUGUGUGUAAAGAGUGUGAUUCAUCCAGGCAGGGACAUGUGACUUGAAGCUAGUAAUAUGUAAUUUGGCUGCAGCCUCUAGCUCAGACCUGCCCAGCUGUUACAGGCAGUAAUAUGUAAAUUGGCAACAACUUCUAGCUCAAGACUGCCCAAACAGUUAAUAAGAUUAGUGAACUGCACUGGUGGCUGGUCUGUUAGAGCAAAUAGGGCUCUGCCCCACCAAGCUCAGCCAGCCCUUAGCUAACCCCCACCUGCCUACUUUCUUCCAACAAAUCCAGGGAGUAGAACUGACUGACUGUCAGUUUCCUACUUCUUAGUCCCAGUGUUGCUCUCAUAUAACUCAACAGGUAGGAGGAUGGGGUCAAAAUCAGAAUUAAUGAAGUCCAAUUGUAAGGGGCUAUUUUAACUGUGACACUGCAAAAAGAAGCUGCUGCACUUUAAGGUAGCAUUGGGUGCGAGGCCACAGCUCUACCCUACUCCAAUUCAUGAUACUUUCCCAGUAUGACCCCUCAUCCCCUUAGCAAUUUACAAUUUAACAUUUGUGGUUGUAAUUCAAAGUACAUUUAAUCAUACUUACGAACAUGUAAUUUAUUGCUGAUAUUUACUUUUCAGGAUCUAUAUGGUGCCAGGUGCUUGGAGGGAAAAUAGAAGAAGCAGAGAAUCAACUGGAGUUUCUAAAGGAAGUUCAGCAGUCUACGGGAAAAUCUUCAGUUAGAUUACACUUAUUUCCUUUGAUUUCUUAUGUGUAUGCUUACCAUGAAUUGUCAAAUGCAGGUGAACACCUGCCCAACCCCAUGUAAUUGUGUGUUUCUUCAGGUGGUGGUCAUUGCAGUCUCUUCUACUGUAUUUUCCACCCUGCUUAAUAUUGCUAGGCUCCAAAAAUUUCAGAAGGGUCGGCAGCUAACAGCCCCUGGGAUGAAUUUGGCCAAAGAAUACCACUGGUCAUGUUAAUCCCCACCUACCUCAGGUCACCAGUUUUAUUAGGUAGAAGUCUGUUCAAUUGCAUUCAGCUCUCUUCUUGUUGGCUGUGCUCAGAAGUCCUACCAUAGGGGAGAUCAUGUGUAUAACUAUUUAAUACUGCGUUUGUUCCCAGCACAUCUUCAGCUUGGCACAUUAGUUUGCUGAAAUCCAGCAUGAUGUAAAGGAAUGCUGGAAUGCCCUAAUUGGUGGGGCAGGGAAUGACCUUGUUCUCAUCCCUGGCUUCUUUUAGAGAAAUAUGCCACUCAGCUAGUCUUCCCGGUACAUUAUUAGAGUUGUAAUUUCCCCAUAACAUUUACUGGCAAAGACAUUCUCUUCUAUUUUUGGAUGGAUACAAUGCCCGCUUUGCAAACCAUCAAAUUGUACUCUUGUCACACAAUAAUUUCUGCAUCUUAGGUGGCACUGUGGGCUGCUGUACAAUAAAGGCAUUUAUGUGCAUAAUGAUAAAUCCAUAAGUAUAUUUGCUCUUUAGCACUUUUGCAUGACUUCGCCAUAUAUUAUUGUGUGGAUGUAAAAUAUAUCAGCUUCUAAGGACUGGGAAAGUGUCUAUUACCGUAUCUCCCUCUACAGUCUUUGCCAACCUUGAUCAGAAGAACGCAGGGAUGCUUUUAAUUCAUUUUGAGGACCAUGAUUGAAACUAGUUUAACAAAGCAAGUUUAGGUGCUUCCUGACUUAAAAUCCAGCCUGAGCUAAUGACCUAAGCGGAAAGUGAAGGGUUGGGUGGGUCCUCUCCACACUUGAAGUAGGAGAGAGAUGAACCUGCCCUCCCAGUUCCCAAACCCUAGUUUAUUUGUACAUCUGCAGUUCUGCAUAUUCUCGUAGAUUAUCUGAAGGGAAGCUUUGGGUUGAACUUAAAACAAAUCUCUUGUUCAUUAAAAAUUCUGUGUGCUGUUUUCUCACAGCUUCUAGCUUAUCUUCAAGGUGUGAUUGCUUCAAGGAAAAACAACGAUCAGGCUGCCUGUGCCUUUCUCAACGAAGCUGCAGAACUUCAUUGUUCUGCUUUGCAUGGACUUCCUCUAAGCAUUGAAUACUAUGAAAAGCUGAAUCCCAUGUUUAUGAUUGAAAUUGUGAAAGAAUAUUUGGUCUUCUGUCCCAAGCAGGUAGAAACUUGAGUUUUGCUAAAUAGUAGGAUUUAUUGGGGGUUGAAAGGUGGCAGCCUUUUACAUGAUGGAUUUGCUUGUGAGGAGAGAGCUGGAGAUUUAUAGUCAGUGUUUGAAGUAGGAUGUGAUUGUGUGGGAUGCCAUCCUGCUUAUUUUUCAGGUAUACCUAAAAUUUCCUGUUCUUGUCAGUAAUUUAAAACCAUUUCAGGAUGCUACGCAAAGCAAGAUUGUACAAACACUACAAAAGUAGACUGUACCAGAGCAGAGUUAUUUGUGGAGCUGGGAGAGGCAGGCACUUGCAAAGAUAGCAGUCCCACAACAACCAAAAUCCUGACCAUGAGCACUGCAACCUCUCUCUAUUUACCAGCACGAGGCAGGAAAACUGUGCUAGGAUUCACAGAAGCACCACUUCUCUCAGUAAGCAUCUUUCCCAGUCUGAUGCUUGUGAGAUUUCUGUUUCCUUUGCUAGCUACAUUCCAGCUGCCCUGCUGUUUCUCCCUGCUUCACCCAAGCAGUUGUGGGGUGCCCAGAAUUAGAUUAUUUAUAUACUACCCUUCUCACAAACCACAGGGUGGUUUAUGACAAAAUCAAAUAAAGCUAAAAAGAAUCUAUAAAAAGGCACAACCCUUUAAAAACCCUUUAAAAAUGCCAACACAAUAACUCAUAAUGAAUCACUACAUAACAAUUACUGAUAGCAGCAGAAGGAACUACAUAAAUGUUCCCAUAAGCACUCAGAUAUAUUCAUAGAAAUCAUGUGCAAUGGGUAGGCAGAUUGAAGUUCAUAAGUACCAUGACCUCUGGGCUAGACUUGGGGAUUGUUUACCAAAUACAUUAAUUGUACUCUGUAUUUUAUUUUUCUGGAAAAUAAUGCAAUUUCACUUUCUCUUUGUAGCCUCGGUUACCAGGUCAAGUUUUAUCUUCACUUCUUAAGCAAGUAACUAUAAUUUUGAAUCCACUUGUGAAAGCCACCCCUGGAAUGAUUGAGCCUCUUUAUCUAAUGGCACAGGUUAAAUAUUUAUCAGGUAAAUUGAGUUCUGAGUGUCUACUCAAGAAAAAAGUAAAAAAUGCUUCUGGAUUUUAGGUUGCUGGGAGUUGCUUGCAGGGAAUGAGCUUUUAACUAUUACUGUUGUUUCCUGCCCUUCAUCUUAAGUUCCUAGGGUGGGUUACAGCAAUUAAAACACAAUAUUACAAACAGUUUAAAAGAAUUUAACUGCAACUGAAUUAAGAAGUCCAAGCUUCUUAUUAAGCUAAGAAGCAAUAAUGCUUCUGAUCCUUGACUUGGGGAUACAAAGAUCAAAGACAAAGGGGAAGAGUCAGAGCUAUACACUACACAAUCCCCAAGAGAACAAAACCACAUUAAAAAUGAGGGGUUGGUCCAGUUCCCAACUGAGCUCACAGCUCACCUUGCACUACUGGAGGGGGGAUAGCACAAAUCUCAAUUCUCACGAACAAUAAAUAUGAAGAAGACAGUAUUUAUAAGAGCACUCAGGGUGUGAACCCAUCUUUGCAAUUUGCAUGUCAUUCCAGCUAAUCUGGUAUUUAUGUAUGCUAUUUGGUUAAGGACUGUAGCUCAGUGGUAGAACAUCUGCUUUGUAUGCAUAAGGUCUCAGGUUCAAUACCUGAGGUGGAAACUCUUAUCUUAAACCCUGAAGAGCUGCUGCCAGUUAGUGCAGACCAGGCUUCCUCAACCUUGGCCCUCCAGAUGUUUUUGGCCUACAACUCCCAUGAUCCCUAGCUAGCAGGACCAGUGGUCAGGGAUGAUGAGAACUGUAGUCUCAAAACAUCUGAAAGGCCAAGGUUGAAGAAGCCUGGUGUAGACAGUACUGAGCUAGAUGGACCAUUGAUCUGAUUGGAUGUACAGCAGCUUCCUAUGUAAGAUGCUUGUUCACCCAUCAGUCAUGCUCCCUCAUGCUUUUGAGCAGGCUGUCUACUUUUUUAAAAAAAAAAACCCAUGUGUAUAUUUCUUUACAAACUUAUCCUUUGCUUUAUUAAAAACAAAACCUGUAAAUGUUUAUAAAACAGUUGCAAAACUGCUCCAGGAGUUGGUUGGUCAUAUCAUAGGAACUAAGCUACCAACACACCUUUCACGGUUGUUUUUACUCGAGUUCAAACUGAAAAUGCUACAGACAUGCAGAACCGAGUUUUCAGAUCUCAGCAGACAAAACAGUACAUAUUGUAAUCACCAUUGUUCAUUACUGCUCCCAAAAUAUUCCAUCUGUCUUCACCUUAACCACACUUGAUCCACAUGGGAUCAAGUUAGUAAACUGUUGUUCUUACUCAGGAAGGCCUACAUAAGAUUAAGUAAAGUAUAACUUGGUUUUUGUAAAAAAAUGGCCUGUUGAGAGCAAAACAACAUGUUAGGCUAUUUUGCAGGAGAACUAGAAACUGCCCAGGGUACUCUGCAGCGUUGUUUAGAAUUGGAUCCGACAUCAACAGAUGCCAAUCUUCUUAUGGCCCAGAUCCACCUCUCUCAAGGAAACAUCAAAGAAUGUGUCCACUCACUUGAAAUAGGAGUCAGUUACAAUUUUCAGGUAAGAUGGAGCCCAAAAGGAACAAUGUAAAUGCUUGUGAGAACAGUCUUCCCCUUUACUCUGGCCUUGCCUGUGGGUCUGCUUGUGAGUACCAAGCUUACAAGACUUUUCCUUGUUACUCUACAUGCAUGUGACCAGCACACAUGCAAAAGAAAAUUUAGGAUGAGGUUUGCAUUGGAUGUUCUUACUAAUGUCACUUUUUUCAUAUUUUGGGCAGCUUCGUGAUUCUCCAUGGUAUCACUUCAUCAGGGCUAGAGCACUAAAUAAAGCUGGGGAGUAUCCUGAAGCCAUAAAAGUCUUAAAAAUGCUUAUCAGUUUACCUCAAAUGAAAGGGGAAGCUAAGAAAGGCCAGGGCCCCCGUAUAGUUAUAAGUGAACAAGUCUCCAUCUAUCUGGAACUCGCUGAAGCUCUUCGAUUCAACGGGGAACUGGUAAGAAGUUCUAUAUAUUAUCUGCUCAGUAAAUGGAAUGUCUAAUAUUUUUAAAGGAAGCAAGACCCUCUGGGGUAAAGAGCAAACCUGAUGAACUCACUCAAUUUAAAAGUAAACUGGUCAAAAAUAAACUGGAGAAACUAGCAAUUACAUAACUUCAGAUGUUCUUUUAUGUUCUUUGAAGGGAAGAUUAUUGGAAAUGAUUUCUGCUAGAUGUUGAAUCAGAUCCUGCAGUUUUAUUCAAAACCUAAUGGGCUUAUCUGUCCUGAGCCCAUUCACUGGUAGCAGAUUCAGGACACAAUGGGAAGGACUUGCGUCAGGCAGUUCAUUAUACCAUAGUCUUUUGGAACUCCCAUUUCAAAAGGCAGCAAUUUCGAUAGAACCAUAGAAUUGCAGAUUGCUACAGUGCAGGAGAUGGGACGCGGGUGGCGCUGUGGGUUAAACCACGGAGCCUAAGGCUUGCCAAUCAGAAGGUCGGCGGUUCGAAUCCCUGCGAUGGGGUGAGCUCCCGUUGCUCGGUACCCUGCUCCUGCCAACCUAGCAGUGCAAAAGAACGCAGUGCAAGUAGAUAAAUAGGUACCGCUCCGGCGGGAAGGUAAAUGGCGUUUCCGUGCAUUGCUCUGGUUCGCCAGAAAUGGCUUAGUCAUGCUGGCCACAUGACCCAGAAGCUGUAUGCUGGCUCCCAUGGCCCAUAAAGUGAGAUGAGCGCCGCAACCCCAGAGUUGUCCGCGACUGCACCUAACAGUUAGGGGUCCCUUUACCUUUACAAUGCAGGAAUCUCAACUAAAGCAUCCAUGACAGGUAGCCAUCCAAUCUCUGCUUAAAAACCUCCAAUGAAGGAGAGUCCACCAUCAUGCGAGAGAGUCACAUGAUUUCUUUCUGAAUAUUUGAAUCUUUGUUCAUGGGACUCAAAUAGAUCAGUAAUUUGCCUUGUAUUAGGGGAAAGCAUAUAAGGAAUACAAUGAUUAAAAUAAUAGGUAAAAGCUGAGGUUUGAACCAGGAAGUCUCCAGUUCAAAUUUUGCCUUUCAUGAACUCGCUCACCAAACCACUCUCAGCUUCAGUUCUCUGCAAUAUGGUGACAGUAAUACUGAUUUGCUUUACAGAGCUGUUAUAAAGUUGACUGAGAUUAAUGUAUAUGGAGGGUUUUGAGUGUUCAAAAACUGCUAUAUAAAUGUUAAUUCCUAUUAUUAUUAUUAUUAUUAUUAUUAGCAGCAGUAGCAUUACCUUUUCUAUGUAGCAUUUAAGUUUUUGAAGAAUUUCCAUGUAUUGUUUUAACAUUCUAGCAUGAAGCUACUAAGAUAAUGCAAGAUGCCAUUAUUGAAUUUAAUGGGACAUCAGAAGAAACCCGCGUCAUGGUUGCUAAUGUAGAUUUGGCUCUCAGCAAAGGGGAAGUUGAUUCAGCCCUAACUAUGCUGAGGAAUGUCACACCAUGCCAGCCAUAUUACACUGAGGUUAAGGAAAAAAUGGCUCAGAUAUACCUUCAAGUCCGAAAGGAUAAGAGACUGUAUAUUGGAUGCUAUUGGUAAUGUUAAUUUUGCUUUUUGCAAGUAUUCUUUUUCAUAUUUUGCUUGAGGGGCAGGAAUGAAUCCAGAACAUUAGAGCAAGGAUUAUUUGAGAGACUAUCAGAACCUUUUAGAACAGAGGUGCCUAUCCUUUGCAGCGCAGGGCCUGCAAAGUUAGCCACUGCUCUGAGGAUCACAUGCCAGUGAUGGGCAUGGCUAAUACACACAGACCACAUUCACUCAGACAGCCCCACAGCCUCAUCCUUCUUUCCAACAGUACUGUAGCAGGGGGCAAUUCUUCCCCAUCAAACCACUGUGUUGGGAAGACAGAUUUUCCUUCUCCAAGUACAGCACUGUGAUGCAGACCCUCCAAGUGUCCCUAUUUUCCAGAAACGUCCUGAUUUAGAGAAGCCGUCCCAGUUUCUGAUUUGAUCCCAGAAUGUCCUGCUUUUCCUUAGAACACCCCUAUUUUCCCUGGAGAAAUGUUGGAGGGUAUGGAGUUAUCUGACCCUCAAGCUGUCUGAAGGCAUUCCUGUAUAGGAACGGUUUUAAAAAAUGUUUUAUUAUGUUUUUUUAUAUAUGUUGGAAGCCACCCAGAGUGGCUGGGACAACCCAGUCAGAUGGUUUGGGUACAAAGAGUAAAAUUAUCACUAUGGAAUGGGACAUCCCUGUUUUCAGCAGAGAAUUGUUGGAGAGUAUUUGUGAUGAAGAGGAAAAACAUCUGUUCUUCAGGCAAACCUCUAUUCCUAACACAGCAAUGUAUUGGGGAGGAAAGCCCUCAUCUACUUACCUUUCAGAGAUUCCUUCUUCUGAUUCAGCACCAUUGCUAGGAGCUCUUAGCACUCGGGAAACGGGAAUAUGUGCUUUUUUACUCUUAAAAUAUCUUACUUUAUUGGAUGAUCACUGGUUCUAGUAUUACUAAAGAGGAAGAAAAGAUUAUCUCUACCUACUUUCUCCAAACCAUGUGUAAUUUUAUACCCCUCUAUCAUUUUUUGUUUUAUUUUAUAAAUGUUAUACACUGCUUGAUUGUAAAUAAAAACACACACCCUCAAAGCAGUUUACAAAAAGGUAAAACAAUAAAAUAAAGAAAAAUAUGUAUAAAAUGUAUUAAAAAGUAAAAACACUAAAGCAGUUUAAAAUUCACCUCAACUUUGUUAGCAUCUGAGUAGACUUCUCAAAACAAGAAUGUUUUUUAGCUGGUGCCGAAAAGAGUACAGCGCCUCUAUCAUAUACCCAUCUUCAUUCCCCCCCCUCAAAACUACAAAGCCCCAAAUGUUGGCACAUCUCAAAGGGGAGGUGUUGCAGCCCUUUGAUCAUUUUUGUAUGACUUUAAACAUAACACUUUCCCCCAGAGUCAGUUCACAUAUUCAACAGACAGUCAUCAGGUGUAGAGAAGUGGAAUUAUGCAUAUGCAUGUAUGAAUGAGGCUUUAGUGUACUAUAAGUGAUGCAUCAGUUGCUCACUUCCUCAGUAUGUGGUACAAAGUGACCUCGCAUAUAUCUGAUCCUGCAAACACAGGUUAUGUUUGAAGGGUAAUUCACUGGCUUUAUUCUGGUGUUGUUUGGGGGUUCAUAAUAUGUAGUUGUAUCCAUUUUAGGGACUACUACAGAUAAGGCUGCUGUGCCAAUUUAAAAGUGUGAAGCUCUAAAAUCAUAUUGUGUAUACUGAGUCUCUUUGUCAUUUCUUAAAUGACAUUCCGUUUUUUAAUCUAGUGAGUUGUGUGAAAAUAUGCCAAGUCCUCAUACAAGCCUUCUCUUGGGGGAUGCCUACAUGAAUAUUCAAGAGGUUAGUGUACAGUGAUAAAAUGCAAAUUUUAUACCUAAAAAAACUAAAAUGCUACCCCAACUCCCAAAUGAAAUUGAAACUAAGACUGUAGUCCUGUGCAUUUUUACUUGACAGUUAUACCUGUUGAACUCAGUAGGCCUGACUUGCAAGUAAACAUGCAUAGGAUCAAUCUACUCAUCACUGAAGAACACCAAACAAAAACUCCAAAAAUAACUAUAUUAAUAUUACAAAAAUAACUGCAAUUUUUCUGUCACUUAUUAUAGCCUGAGAAAGCUUUGGAAGUUUAUGAAGCAGCUCAGAAGAAGAAUCCUUUGGAUGCAACAGUAGCAAGGAAAAUUGGGAAAGCUUUUGUGUCCACCCAUCAGUAUAACAAGGUUGAGAAAUAGAUGGUUCUUUUUGCUAAAAAUUGUUCAGGUCCAAGCCAGGGAAGCAAGCAGCCUGGUGUCUUCUCUUGAUCCGUCCAACGAAUAGAGUUUUUACAGCAGUCUGUAUUCAGAUGUGUAUUUUGAGACAUGGCCUGGGAUCAGUCUGCUUGGUUUCAGAGUCCCAAGGUGCCAAGUAAGGAAUUUAUACAUUGAUUCAACUAUGUGUGUGUAUCCCAGGAGACAAAUGGGGAUGUCUACUCAGUUUCAAAAGAAAAGAAAAAAUAGAUCUAAGCUACACAAACAGAAGAAUUCGGUAUAGCUCUUACUGGGCUUUGUUACAUCAGGCUAGUGGUUGGUGGCUGUGUGUUUGAAUGCUUCCCCAUUUUAAAAAUCCUAUCAGGGAGAUGUAUUUUAACCUAGCCCUCUCCCUGAUAUCAUUUUUUCCCCCCAUGCAGGAAGUUUUUCUUACAUUGGAGAAAUUAAUCUGCAGCAGAGAAUCUUGCAGCAUUAAUUAAUCUGCAGCAGAAUGUAACAAACCAGUAUAAGCAGCACAGCUCUAAGACUUGCAAAUAUCACAAAAUAUGUGUUUCAUUUGUAACUCAUAGCUGAAGUUAAUCUGUUCACAUGUACUAAUUUAUUUCAGGCUGUCAAUUACUAUGAAGUUGCUCUAAAAAUGAGUGAGCAGGACUUCUUGUGCCAUGAUCUUGCCGAUCUCCUGUUGAAGCUCAAAAAAUUUGGCAAAGCAGAGAAAGUUCUAAACCAAGCACUAGAUCAUGACCCUGGUAACGUCUCUCUCUUUUUUGGGAAUCUUCCACUGGAGCUUUCAUCUUGACUUAAAGCAUAAACAUAUUUUCUGCAUGCCUAGACAUUUGGAGAGGAACAGCCCCAGCGAAAUGACACCCUAGUGCUGUCACAUUGAAAGAUCCUGAUUGGCCACUUGUUUAUGACCAGAUAUUAAACAAUCCUACUGUUUGCAAAGCAGUGUGUUGACACUUGUUCCACAAGGGAUGAAUAAUAAUUCAUGUCACUGUGUGUGGUAUUACUCCUUUUUGGGUAUGCCUGACACCAGUCAAAUGCUAAUGAUGCAAGUAUCCUCUAGAGAGAACACACCAUUUGAAUGGCAAUGCCCAUCAACUUUGUGGGGGCAGCCCCCUCAAAUAUUUUAUUGGGGGGCAAAGACUCCUCAGCCCCUAGGCUCCUAUGUUCCAAGGCAAUAUCAGUUCAGCUUCCUAAGUUCUCACCAGUUCUUUCAGCACAUCUGUACAAAAUUACUUGUCCAGCCCUUAAACCAUAACAAUUCCAGUAAAAUGUUUUUCUUUCUAGCUACUACCUAGGAGUAAGGUAAAGGUACCCCUGCCCGUACGGGCCAGUCUUGACAGACUCUAGGGUUGGGCGCUCAUCUCACUCUAGAGGCCGGAAGCCAGCGCUGUCCGCAGACACUUCCGGGUCACGUGGCCAGCGUGACGAAGCUGCUCUGGCGAGCCAGCACCAGCGCAGCACACGGAACGCCCGUUUACCUUCCCGCUAGAAAGCGGUAUCUAUUUAUCUACUUGCACUUAACUGUGCUUUCGAACUGCUAGGUGGGCAGGAGCUGGGACCGAACGACGGGAGCUCACCCCGCCACGGGGAUUUGAACCGCCGACCAUGCGAUCGGCAAGUCCUAGGCGCUGAGGUUUUACCCACAGCGCCACCCGCGUCCCUUACCUAGGAGUAUUGUUGGUCAUUAAACUUUUGCACUGCAGAAAAUCAUAGCCAGUGUUUUACUGAUGGUCGAAACACCAUACUGGUAUAAAAUAAUGAUUGCUUUGUUUAAUUUUGCAGUUGACGAUCUGCCAUCAAUGAAGAAGGAUGUUAGGAACCUGAUGUUACUAGCAAAGAUUUGUGAGACAACUAAAAGAGGAGAAGUUGUUCUGGAUACUCUGAACAUGGUAGAAAACCAAUGUUGUAUAAGCCUCAUGUACUCCUGGGGAUGAUUGUAAAGUGGUUUCUGAAAUAAAUAUAAAUAAUAAAUAGACUUGGGUUUUUAACCCAAGUUUGAAUUAAGUAGAAACUUUUUAUACUAAUUAACUAAUUCUAAUACAGUUUAAAGACUGUGUAACUUACAGUAUACUUCAGAUACAGAAGUAGACCAACUGGAAGGAAGUAGUACAAAGCACUAAAUAGAAUGCUUAUUCAGCAGUCCUCAUUCUUGUAUACAAUAUCUAAUAAAGAUGCUAGGAUGGGUAUACCCCACAAUGCCUUCACUUGGUAUAUUUGUUCAUUUUUAAGGCAUAUGACAUCCAGCAAAGGAUACUGAAGCGUGUCCGUGUAGAGCAGCCUGAAUUGAUUCCUUCCCAGAAACAGGUGUUGUUAAUGAUCUGUGUACAGUUUGCCAAGUUCUACCAAGCAGAGAAGGAAUAUGAAAAAGCUUUGAAGUACUACACGGAAGCUCUAUCCUGCAUUCCAACUGAUAGUAAGGUAAACAUGAUCUUCAGUCUCCAACUGAAAGGAAUGCAAAGGAAUGUCUGUACUAAGGUUGAGUAAAACGUUCCCUACCCAGCCUUUCUGGUUGUUGGGAUUAUUGCAAUAAACAAAUGUUUGAUUCAUUUCAUUCUGCAUGCUCCAGAUCAUUUAACACGGCUUAUCUAUGCCUCAACUUUCAAAGAGACUAGGAUUCAUCUUGUUAUUUAUUAAAUGUAUUGGUUGCUUUUUCUUGCCAAAGGCAACUCAAAGCAAUUUACAACAAAGUCCUAGUGUGUGUAUUCAAAACAUGUUAGUGGAUCAAACAGGGAAAAUGGAUUACGUAGGACUGAAGGUGCAAAUUCUAAAGUGAGGCCUAAGCCUUCAGACCCUAGUCCAGUCCCUCCAGUGACCACCCAGAGAGUGUCAGAUGUUGGGGGCAUUGGCAAAUGGGCUGAUACUGGCAUGCUGAGGCCCACUGAUGCCGAUCACCAGUUAUCUGUCCUUAAUUUUUUUAUUUAAAAAACCCAUUUUAUAGACAGGGAGUGAGUUCUAUGGAAUGAGGACUACAAACAUCUGCCACAAAUAUCAUUACCAAAAUGAUCAUUACCAAAGAUCCAUUGCUGCUUAAAAUACUUUUCCAUUUUAUUUUCAGAUAAUGUUGGAAUUAGCUCAGCUGUAUUUGAUGCAAGAAGAUACAGAGCAGUGUGAGCAUUAUUGUACUCUCCUGCUUCAAGAUGACGAGAGCAAUGAAAUUGGAACAAUGGUAAACACUGUUAUUCUUUCUUCCACUAAACUUAAGCUUUGCUGGUGUACUGUAUAUCUUUAUGAGCCACCAGGUAGGAGGGGUUUUGAAAAGCUUCUAAAGUAAAGCCCAACUGUUUCUACACACCUAUGCAACUGUGUGGAAGGGAUAGGAGGAUUCACAUCAGUCUUAAACUACACAAUUUUGACUAACAUAUUAGUGACACAGAGCAUGCUCAAACAUUGUGAUGUCUUUCAGAUACCAAACAGUGCUUCCCCUUCCUGGAUACUGCACCUCAUGCAUCUAUUACAGGUGCUUUAAAGAGCAGAAGGAGCUAUUUUAUCUCAGAGUUUGCUUUGGGAAAGGCCUUUAACAGUGCAGGGAACCACUACUGAAGAAAAUCGCUGCCUAAAGAGAUAUUUAAUUUGAUUUUGUAUUGUCCCUCAUGUAUGAAAAUGGUGGGUCAGAGAAGACUUAUUGGUGGGUUACCAAUCAGCAGCUAAGGAUGGAGAUUGCAGAUGGAGUUAUAGAAAUACACUUUCAGAUCAUAAGGGCGAUGAGUGGGGAAGAAGAAAUUAAGACAUACAGACAAGCAUAAAUAAACAUGGUCAAGUCUGUCACACAUAUGCAUGGGAACGUAGGGCCUUUGUAAACACGAUGAACUACUGUACUUACUUUGAUAGCAUAUGUGUUGGGGAAAAAAUACAAACCACAUAGAAUCAUAGACUUGUAGAAUUGGAAGGGACCCUGCGUAUCAUCUAGUCCAACCAAAUAUGCAGCUGCCUCAUAUGGGGACAGAACCAGCAACCUUGGCAUUUUGAGCACUGUGCUCUAAACAACUGAGCUAUUUCAUGUUUUGUGACAACAUACAUAUUUUCCUGGGUAUGUUGUGCAUGCAUGCUAUGUGUAUAAGCAGUGAAAUAUGUGUAUAAGCAGUGGAACCUGUCACAUGUGAAUGUGUAUGGUUUUCACUUGUUUUACAGUCGAGAAGUGCUGUCCAUGUAAGAAAUUGAUCACAUUUGAAUCAUCCCUCAAUCUCUUGAAUCACCCUGAUACUAACACAGGGCUAAGAUUAAGAGUCCUCAUUGUUCCAUCUCCAUCCUGGAAGGCUGGAUUUUCAUAAACGUAUUUAUGACUUGUGAAAAGUCAAAAAUCUGGCCCUUUCUGAAGCAUUGAUACCAUUUGGUCUGAGUGUGAAAUAGCUGUUCCUUUUCUAGAUGAUGGCCAACCUUAUGUUCAGAAAAGAGGCAUACGAAGAAGCUAUAAGUCUGUACCGGAAUGUUCUGGAGAAAUCUCCAGGUAUUUUGUAGCAUUUAUAUACUGGAGGGGUUUUUUUUGGGGGGGGGAAUAAAAAGGGCCUCUAAAGCAUCUCAUGAGAUAAAUACAGUAAACAGGAGCAUUUUGAUGAAAGGGUGUCUGUGUGUCUGGAUGGGUGCAUGACAAAAUGCAGAUUUGUUUGUUUCUUCAUUUCUCAACAGAAGAGUGUUUCUUCUUUCAGACUCUUACAUGUGAACAAAUUAUCUGUGAAAUAAGUUGGAAAUACAUAUUUUUAAAAUUGUGUGCUUUUAGAUAACUUCUUGGUCAUGGAGAAUUUGAUUGAUUUACUGAGAAGAAGUGGUAAACUUGAUGAAGCAACACACUUUUUUGAACUGGCCAAGAGAAAAUCAUCUCGAACAGCUUUGGAUCCCGGUUAUAACUACUGCAUGGGACUUUAUUGCUGGUAAAUCAUAGAAACCAGUACUAAUGGGAGUCACAAAGGCCCAACCAGAAAUGAUGAGGGUGAUCCAUGAUAAAGAUCUAUUGCUGCUUAGAAGCUACUGGGGAGAAGGGAGUUUGGAAUAUAACCAUAGCACUGUGGGAGACAAUUUAGUGGCUCUUUCUUCCUGUGCUGUUCUGCACUGCAAGUACUCUCCAUCUCCAAGUUGCUAUUUGUCCUCUUUCUGUGAGUGAAAACAUAGGGUGCUUCCAGACAUGGGCUUAAGAAUGCAAAUGAGUCAUGAUUUCGCAAAUGGGUAGUUGGAUUAAAUGGGAAGAAUGGCCAGUGUUUUGAGGCCCAAUGGCUAUCUUGUGGAAGCUCUGAAAAAAUUGCAUGCUCAAGUAUUGCCAAGCCCUCAAACCAGUCUAGAAAUAUCCUUACCUGUGAGCUGGGAGGGGUGGUUUGCAUCAGAAAAAUAGUACAGGUGGAAAGGUGUUUUGUUUUAUACAAAGUUGUGCUGUGGUUCCAGUUCCAGGUCCUUGCAGCUGCGAUGUUUUUGUUAAUGUUCCUAUUGUGAAAGUUCCUAACCACGAAUCUCUUGUGCCUCAUCUGAUACGGUCCUUAAAUCCUGUGCAAUAGCUCUGCACAAAUAAACCAAGGAAACUCAUUGUACAGUCUCCUUAAUAAAUGUAUCCUUUUUGUUUUUUCAAACUAGUGAGCUACUUUGUUUCCCCACUUGGAAGUAUGCUUGAGAAUUUGACCGCUCUUACUUUUACACACUUUUCAAUUGCACACACUGGAUUUGUUGUGCCUAGAAUUUCCUUUGGCUUAAAUAAAGUCUUACCUCCUUUUUUUUCUCAUGGUCCCGCAAUAGGAAAUUUCUCGCCUCUUCUGACCAGUUCAACACAGAAUUAAGUGCAUCUGAGUCCUAUGAUUGCUUGCAGCUUAAGCACACUUUCCUCUUUAUUGAAUUGAGGCCGUCACCUUGCACUAAACCCUUAGAUUGGAUUUGGCAGGGAAGAAGAAUAUGUGGAUAUAUGCUUGUUAACAAGACUGAUAUUUUAAGGGUCUCACAUUUCACCUAGGUCUUCAAUACUUUCUCCCCACAAACAGGCACAUGAUGCAGCCCAAUCAGGCACUGAAGUUCUUCAACAAAGCACGUAAGGAUAGUGACUGGGGCCAGAAAGCCCUUGGCCAUAUGAUUCAGAUAUGCCUAAAUCCUGACAAUGACAUAAUAGGCAGAGAGACUUUAGGAAACCAGAAUACCAUGGAUACUAGGUAAGGAAAAGUCCUGAAACAGAAUAUAACAAUCACAUUCUGAAAGUCAACUUGAAGUACAGGCAUCCCCUCGUUUACACAGGGAUUCCAUUCUGGACCCCUGUGCACUUAAGUGAAAUCACAUAAAGUAGGGAGCACCCUCUAAAUACCCUUUAAAAGUCUUCUCUGCCGCUCCCUCUUCAAUCCAUACCAAAAAUACUGUAUUCAAAAAUAUAAAAAUCUAGAAUUGAAACUUGGGGGCCCAGUGGUGGAGCAUAUGCCCACGCUGCCCAGGGCAGGCACCCCCCAUGCCCCACAGUUCAGGGUAAGAGAGUGGUUGGGUUACUGCUGCUCACUCUUAGUGUAUUUUUGGUCUUCUGUUGGAAGCUGCCCAUAGUGGCUGGGGAAACCAAUAAUAAAUUAUUAUUAUUAUUAUUAUUAUUAUUAUUAUUAUUAUAGCAGAGACAUCACCUUGCCAACAAAGGUCCAUAUAGUUAAAGCUAUGGUUUUCCCAGUAGUGAUGUAUGGAAAUGAGAGCUGGACCAUAAAGAAGGCUGAUCGCUGAAGAAUUGGUGCUUUUGAAUUAUGGCGCUGGAGGAGACUCUUGAGAGUCUGAUGGACUGCAAGAAGAUCAAACCUAUCCAUUCUGAAGGAAAUCAGCCCUGAGUGCUCACUGGAUGGACAGAUUGUGAAGCUGAGACUCCAAUACUUUGACCACCUCAUGAGAAGAGAAGACUCCCUAGAAAAGACCCUGAUGUUGGGAAAGAUGGAGGGCACAAGGAGAAGGGGACGACAGAGGACGAGAUGGUUGGACAGUGUUGAAGCUACCGGCAUGAGUUUGACCAAACUGCGGGAGGCAGUGGAAGACAGGAGUGCCUGGUGUGCUCUGGUCCAUGGGGUCAUGAAGAGUCAGACACAACUAAACAACAAAUUAUUAUUAUUAUUAUUAUUAUUAUUAUUAUUACUCUCCUCCUGCUCUCCGCAGCCAGGUCAGAUAUGACCCAACAACGGAGCUGCUGUGACCACGGCUGAGGAGGGUUGCUCUCUGCCGCUGGGUUGGAAGAGCUGCUGCCGCCAGGCAUGAGGUGUACUGCCCAUUAGCCUGCCAUUUUGUUACCCCACUCAAUCAUGACACCUGGGGUGGCUGCACCCACCGCACUCCCCUUCCUUCGCCUCUGCUGGGGCCAGCUGGAGGCUGCAUGGGAAAGCGACUGUUGCUGUUGCGCUACCCUGCAAUUAGCUGUUAGGUGGGGAUGCUGAGCAGCUUAAACAAAGCCCGUUGCACAUCCGGCCUCUUUGGGACUUCCUCCGCCUUCCAGAAAUAGUGCUUCAGUUUAAGAACUUUGCUUCAGGAUGAGAACAGAAAUCGUGCUCCGGCAGCGCGGCAGCAGCAGGAGGCCCCAUUAGCUAAAGUGGUGCUUCAGGUUAAGAACAGUUUCAGGUUAAGGACGGACCUCCGGAACGAAUUAAGUACUUAACCUGAGGUAUUGGGAGAGGGAGGAAGCAACUUGUAUGUAGCCUUCUGCUGAACUCAUAGCAGUUCCCUAGAUUAGGAUAUAGGUGUAUGUAAAUGCUUUAAUCUAAAUCAAAUAAUGGUCAUACUAUUCUUAUAGAGUCAAGAGAAGGUCUUUGAUAGCCUAGGAAACAGAAACUGUUUUCUUCUUGCUAGUAAUCUGAAGGAAAAGAAAGAAUCUGAACAGCAUGGCAUACGUACAGCCGAGAAGCUUCUCAAAGAGUUUUAUCCUCACUCACAAGAAGGGCAGAAUCAAGUAGAGAUGUUACAGAGCUACUGCUUAAUGGCCACAAGAGAGACACAUAAUGUGGAGAAGGCCCUGAAAGUAUUUACUGAAAUGUGCCAAAAUGAGGUAAAGAUAGUUUCUUCCAUGAGUGGUAAGCAGCUUGGAGAGGACAUUUAUAUUCAUGGUAGUGGCUGCUGGCUAACAGUAAAAAAAGCACUGGAUAUUCCUAUGGAUGUUUGACACCAGAAACUGUAGUAUAUUGCUCUCUCAUAGAUGAGACUCCUUAGGGAUUAUGGGAGUUGUAGUCUAAAAUAACUGGAGGGCCUCAGGUUGGGGAAGGCUUCUGUAUAAUGACAAGCUACACCAUGCAGUUUCUUUUGCGUGAGGUAGCAACAUUUUAUUUUUUCCGCACAUACUGUAUUUUCUGGCGUAUAAGACUACUUUUUAACCCAGGAAAAUCUUCUCAAAAGUCAGGGGUCGUCUUAUACGCCGGCUACAGCAGCGGUUCCUGCAGCAGCUCCCCACCAAAGGAUAAAACGACAGCAAAUUAAAUCAGAGGACACCAAACUCUCUAGAUGAAGCAGAAAUAUGCUUGAAAAAUGGCCCCAGAAGCCCCCAGCCACUGGGAAGUGGAGUGGAUUUCCGAGCCGGACUGGAGAUUGGUUUUUUAAAUUUUUAUUUGGUGUGCAUUGGAAGAGGGGUAGUCUUAUACGGCGAGUAUAUCCCAAACUCUAUAUUUUAACUGGAAAAGUUGGGGGGGGGUCAUCUUAUAUGCCCAGUCGUCUUAUACACCGGAAAAUACGGUAUAUUUUCUUCACACCACUACUUUAUGCCCAUUUACGUAAUGCACCUAAAUCUUCAGUUUAUUCAGACGGGAUGCAUAAUCUGUUGCUACCCUUAGUCUGGUAGGCUCCUCACUGUUAGAAGGCCAAGACACUGGUGUUCUCUUACUUCAUAGAUUUCAUAUGCAAAAUAAUCUGUGAUUAUAAAAGAAGAGUGAUGACAGUUAGCUGAAUUGUUCAUUUUAAAAACAAAACUUGUCUUUUAUAUAUCUAAAUCAGAGGGACAGCGUUUCAGCCGUUUUAGCAGUGUCUCAAGCAUACAUGCUUCUUAAGCAGCCACUCAAAGCCAGGAACCAGCUGAAGCGCUUGAUGAAAGCAAAAUGGAGUUUGACAGAAGCUGAUGACUUAGAGAAGUGUUGGAUUUUGUUGGCAGACAGCUACACUGCAUGUGGGAAGUUUGACUGUGCAAUUGAGCUAGUGAAGCGCUGCUUGCGGCACAAUAAGGUAAGAGGCUGGGAGUCUAUUAUAGUGGCAGAAGCACUUCCCUCCGGAUUGUGCUCUUAGAGAGAAAAAAUGCUUAAAGAAAAUACUAACAGCCCAUGUGUGAUUUGUUUUUGCACUAUAAUUUUUUUUCUUUUAAGUCGUGCUCUAAAGCUUAUGAAUGCUUGGGAUAUAUCGCAGAAAAGGAAAAGGCCUACAAAGAUGCUGCAGCCAAUUAUGAAUUAGCUUGGAAACAUAGUCACCAAGCAAAUCCUACUGUUGGUAAGUAAAAAAAGUUAUUGCUUUGGUUCUAUAUCUUUGUGCUGAGGCAACAGUGAAAUUGCUCUCAACCAGUUGUGGAAAAUUGAGAGUCUAGCAGAAACAGAAGUACAUGUGCAAAAUACUAAAACAGUAAUAUUAUUCCUGUUAUCAGUAAUAUUAUUUCUUAUACCAGUUACCACCAUACAUAUUGAACAGUACAUUUUAUAACUCUCCAGUUUAAUAAAAUAUCAUUUUGAUCUAGUUUCUGCUUGUUUAAUUUGCCAGGUUUAUGAUUCUUACAGUGCAACCCUGUGUAUAUCUAGGUAGAAGUAAAGCCCAGCUCCCAUCUGUGUAAAGGAUUGCAACAUUAACUAGUCAUUGUAUAGGUUUCUGAUGUUAUGCAUGGCAAUUAUCUUCAGAUUAUUUUUAAAAAGCACUGAAGACAUUAACUGCCCUUCCCACAAAAUCUUUUCACCGUGUCCAUCAUUUACUAUUUUGUUUUUAGUUAGCAAUUGAUAUUAAGCAGAACACUAACCUUUUCCUCUCUUGCUGUAGGAUUUAAACUUGCUUUCAACUAUCUAAAAGAUAAGAGAUACGUGGAAGCAAUAGAUGUGUGCCAUGAUGUAAGUUCUCCAAACAUAAAUCUGUAAACAGUGCUUGCUAUAGACCAGCAUUUUCAGUUUUUACUCUCAGGGCACCCUAUUGCCCUUGAUUUUGCAGUCAUGCAACCCACUAUGAUUUUGCUCUGGAACCCCUCCGCCCAGCACAAAACUGAGGGUAUGUCCAACACUUUCUUGCAGUUUCACAUAGCUGCUAAAAACUGACUUUCAAUGAAGCUAGUCUGCCUUUCCUGAUCUUUUUGAGAAAAAGGGCAAGCUUCUUUGUUCCUAGGAACACAAGGCUGGAUCUAUAGUAAGUUGCACUUAGUUGUCAUUGAUAUCAGUGAGACUUAAGUCAGGACUAACUUGCUCCAUUGAUUUCAUGGAGAUUAGCGUGGAUCAGAUGCAGAGUUUGAUAGCUGCCAAAUUGUGGUUGAUUAAUAUUAAGAGAGUUUUUAAAAUGUGUUAAGAUAUUUAUUUACAACAUUUUUUUAAAAGCUAAUCAUUAAUUUCUUGUUUAUUAAAGGUUCUGAAGGCAUGCCCAGAAUAUCCAAAAAUUAGAGAAGAAAUUUUGGAAAAGGCUCAAACAGCAAUUAAACCUUAGAGUGUUGAUUAUAUCACUCCUGCGCUAUCUAAAACUCUGUCAGUGGAGUUUGAACAUAACACCAUAAUUUUCAAUAAAGUUGUCUUGUGCAGUUUAAA